AUGGUGCCCAUCUCACGAAAACUCCAUAAUGAAAAUGGUAGGCUAUUAUCUACUCUCUUUACUCUCUGGAAUCGUCUCGCGAUCUCAUUUUCGAAAAAGCCUUGGAAUUUGGUUGAUGAGGUUUUAAAUGACUAUAAUUAUACAUUGACUGCUAUAUAUAUUUUAUAUCAAAAACUUAUAUCUAUAUAUCGCACGGAGUUAAACCAAUCCACAUCGAAAAUAUGGCAAUCUUUGUUUUAUUGUUUUGGUUUAAUUACAGUGCGUCCUAUUUUGUUCAGGUAUCUUUUUAACAAUACGUAUUGGCCUUUUAACAAUCCUCCACGCAGGGAGGACUUUGUAAUUUUGAUGAUCCGUUACGGAACAGAAGUUUUGAUUCCCUGUUAUAUAUGGCGCCCAUCACAGAAUGAACGGAUAAGUUACAAUGAGGAAGAACUUACAGAAUCAAAGGAAAAAUAA